GUGAAAAAAUUCUAAAGGAUAAAGAAAUAAAAAAUAGCAAAUAAACAAAAAAUUUAUUUAUUAACAAAAAAUGUAUUUAAAUUUUAAUUAGUAAUAAUUGUGGAAAGUUUAUUGUUUUGGGUGUACACCGUGUCAACGGCGUAGACGCGAGUUUACCCAGACUGUUAUACGUGUUAUUUUGAUUUGCUCUUUUUUAGGCUUUUUAUGUUGAUUUUUUGACCGAGGUUUUAUACCCGGCUUUUGUGUUUAAAGUUGAAGUGAAAAGCCCGAAAGGACGGGAAAUGCCUUAGUUUCAAUUUAAAAAAUUGUAUUGAGGCUUUUUCCAAGAUCAUGGCGAACCACUACGAUAUACCGAAAUGGGCUGGAAAACCACCCGUUGGAACUCAUCUGGACGUUAUGAAAGACGAUAAACUAGUUCAGAAAUUAAUGCUCGAUGAGAAAAAAUGUUAUUUGUUUGGGAGAAAUCCUCAGAUGAAUGACUUCUGCUUGGAUCAUGCGUCUUGUUCAAGAGUCCACGCCGCAUUCGUCUACCACAGCCAUUUACAGCGAGCCUUCUUAGUCGAUUUGGGAAGCACACAUGGCACUUUUAUCGGAAGCCUUCGUCUUGAGGCGAACAAACCGACGCAACUCCCACCGAACGCCAGUUUCCACUUUGGCGCUUCGACGAGGGACUAUGUUAUGAGGGAGAGGCCGCAGGGCAACACUAGAAACGUAAUAGACCAACUGGAAAGGGGAGAAGCCACAUCUCAAGGCGCCGCCAUGCUCGGGCUGACUGAAACCACUGCGGAACUAGAUAAUUUGACUGAAUUCAAUACAGCACACAAUCGGCGAAUAAGUAUGCUUGGCAUCGGGGAAGAAGUGGAUUCGGCUUCGACUUCGAGGUCUAAGAAGAAACGGAGAUCGGUUACUUUUAAUGAAGAUCAGGAAGUCAUAAAUCCUGAAGAUGUGGACCCGACUGUCGGACGAUUUAGAAAUAUGGUUCACACCACUGUCAUCCCUGGAAAGCGCCAGCGUUUAGAUGGAAUUGGGGUGACAUCAGGUUUGACAUCUGACGAUAAGCAAAUGGGCAGUGGUCUUCACCUUCACCCAAAGCAUCUGCAGUCACCAUCCGGUGCAGGUACUUCUCUGUACGGCGAUCUCCUCCCGCAUUCCCACACCCACCUGGAUGCGGAACGGGGCAACAAUCCCAUUCUCAGUUCAGUGCUCGCUUCGAGGUUGGGCAUCUCACUGCCGGACCCGGCUCCCGACAUCGACCUCGCGCCUAGCAGGAAGGAAGAGAGCGAAGAACCCCCGUUACCUCAAAUCCCAGUUCCGCCGCCUGCUCCUAACCCCUCCUCGACCUCGGCCACCCCGUCGAAGAAGAUCUACGCCAAAGAAGCGUGGCCGGGAAAGAAGAACUUUACUUCACUCCUUAUUGUUUGAAUUGAUUUCAGGGGGGAAUUUAAGGAAGGCAAAAAAUGCAAUGAUCGUGAUUUCUUAUUUUUUUUACAUGUUGUAAGUUUUAAGGUUAAAUAAUAGAAAAUGCUGUAUUAUAUUCACA